UGUAUAAAAUCUCCCCUCAAGCUUCGAUCGCUUCGUCCCGCCUUCAAUCAUCUCCAUCUCUUUCUCUUCAACUUCUCAUCGGCAACGCUUUCUUAGCCCUCCCACAUUCCAACAGAAAUUAUGAAGAAAAUAGUGUUGAACGUGGAAUUACACGAUGAAAGAAUCAAGCAGAAAGCCAUGAAGGCAGUCUCUGGCAUUCCAGGAGUUGAGUCAGUGUCGGCGGACAUGAAGGCAAAAACAUUGACGGUGAUCGGAGACAUAGAUCCUGUGUGUGCAGUGUGCAAGUUGAGGAAGUUGUCUCACACAGAGAUGGUUUCAGUGGGACCAGCCAAAGAAGAGGAAGGACCCAAGAAAGACGAUCAGAAAAAAGAACCAGAAGUGGAUGUGCCGUGCUGUGAUUAUUAUUAUCAUCCAAUAAGACCCUACCCGUAUUGCUAUGUGACUUGUGUUGCGGAAAAUCCUUAUCCCUGUGUCAUUUUGUAA